AUGCCCCAUCGGCCCCAGAAGAACCCUGCAGUGGUGUAUCAGGGAGACGUGGCCUGUGCUCUGAGGCUUGGGGGCGUCGGUUCCAUCGACGCAUUCCUCGAGGAAAGCGAGAAGUCCCUCGCGACCCACGUGGGGCUCUUCUCCUUGACCUCCGCCGUGAUGUUCAUCGGGUCGAUCAAGGGCCUGAACAAGCACUCCACGGCCCGGGAGGGGAACUACAUGGGAAUGGUUGCCACUGCUUUGGGCAUCCUCUCCGUGCUGCUGUCCCCUGGUUUCCACUCCGCACACAUCCGUUUCUUCCUUACCUUCUUGGCGGCGGGCGGAGUCGGCUAUGGCAUUGCCAGCACCGUGAAAAUGGAGGAUAUGCCGCAGCUAGUUGCGGGCUUCCAUUCCUUCGUGGGCUUGGCCGCGGUCUUCGCCGGCUUCGCCAGCUACUGCAACGUGGCAAACCCCUACACGGUGAUGAAGGCGCUAGAGACGGUGGUGGGCAUAGCCAUCGGCUCACUGACCUUUACUGGCUCCGUGGUAGCUGCCGGGAAGCUGCACGAGGUGAUUCCGGGCAAGCCCAUCAUCCUCCCACAGCGCUGGCUCUUGAACAGCGGGGCCUUGGCCGGAAGUGUAGUUCUUACGGCCCUCUUCCUGAAUCCUGCAACCUAUGCAUCGCAUGCAGGGGCCGCCCUGCUCUUAGGGAACACAGCCUUGUGGGGGUUUCUGGGCGUCAACAUGGUCUUGCCCAUUGGUGGAGCGGACAUGCCGGUGGUGGUGUCGCUCCUCAACGCCUUUAGUGGCCUGGCCACCAGCGCCGCCGGCUUCAUGCUCUCCAAUGACCUCUUGACUAUCUCUGGAGCUUUGAUCGCCUCCAGCGGUACGCUGCUCUCGGACAUCAUGUGUCGUGGGAUCAAUCGCUCCAUGUACAACGUCCUCCUGGGCGGUUUCGGCACAGACUCCAGCAGCACUGCAGCCGGGGCGGCGCCCACAGGCGGGAGGGAGAAUGUGAGCGAGGUCUCGGCAGUUGGUUUCGUCGGCAUGCUCUUCGGGGCAAAGAAGGUCGUGAUCGUUCCAGGCUACGGCCUUGCAGUCGCAAGGUGCCAGCAGAAGUUGGCAGAGAUUGUGGCCAUGCUGAGAAAGCAUAAUGUCACAGUGCAUUUUGCUAUCCAUCCUGUUGCUGGCCGUAUGCCGGGCCACAUGAACGUGCUGUUGGCAGAGGCUGACGUACCCUAUGACAUUGUCAAGGAGAUGGACGAAAUUAACGCGGAGCUUCCAACCUACGACGUCGGGAUUGUGGUCGGAGCCAACGACAUCGUCAAUCCUGCCACGCAGGACGAUCCAAGCAGCCCGAUUUAUGGCAUGCCAGCCAUCGAGAUCUGGAAGUGCAAGCAGUGUGUGGUGCUUAAGCGUUCUAUGGGAACCGGCUACAGUGGCGUGGACAACCCCCUCUUCUACCUGAGCAACGUCAAGAUGCUCUUCGGAGAUGCCAAACAGUCCAUGGACAACAUCAGCAGCUGCUUGGAGGACAGCCAAGACCGCUUCACCGCCGCGGCGGGCGCCAGCUCCUCGGGUGAUCAGCACGACACCGCCCAAGGCGUGGAGCCGGAGGUCUUCCCGGAGGCGGUCCGGGUCCUCGGCAUCCUCCGGGAGCGGCUUCCAGGCGAAGCUCGCGUCAGCUUCGCGCCCUCGGCCGUCGUGAAGCUGCGGCGCAUGGGCUUCUCGAUUUUGUUGGAGGCCGGCUCCGGCACUGCCGCGGGCUUCACGGACGAGGAGUACACGAGGCACGGCGGUGUUCAGGUCGCGGAGAGCUCCGUGGAAGUGCUGAAGCAAGCGGACAUCAUCUUCAAAGUCACCGAGCCCUUGCUGGACGAAGUCCAGAUGCUACAGGGGACGCAGACGAUGGUGGGCUUCUGGAACAUGUACGGCACCCAGGAGCUCCUCGCGGCCCUUGCGCAGACCUCCGCCUCGGUGCUGAAUCUGGCGCUGGUGCCGCGGGUCUCCCGAGCGCAGAAGCUGGAUGCCCUGACCUCCAUGGCCAACAUCGCAGGCUACCGAGCCAUCUUGGAUGCUUUCGGACGCUUCCCGCGUUUCAGCCGCGCCGGGUCCACGGCUUUUGGCUCGGUUCCACCGGCAAAAGUCUUCGUGAUCGGUGCAGGCGUCGCUGGGCUGAGCGCGAUUGCAACGGCGCACUCGCUAGGUUGCAAGGUCUUUGCGAAUGACGUGCGCGAUGCCGCCCGCGAGCAGGUGGAGUCCAUGGGCGCCCAGUUCAUCGCCGUCGACGCGCAGGGCAUCGCAGGUGAAGGUGCUGGUGGGUAUGCCACGGUCAUGGGGGAGGAUUUCACCCGGGCUCAGAUUGCCACCUAUGCCCGGGUCAUCCCUGACAUGGACGUGAUUGUCACCACGGCCAUGAUCCCAAACAGAGCUGCACCAGAGCUGAUCACCAGCGAGAUGGUGGCCAGCAUGCGGAAGGGGUCGGUGAUCAUCGAUCUGGCGGCGCAAACCGGUGGCAACUGUGUGUACACGGAGCCGAACAAGGCGGUCGUCUCUCCGAAUGGCGUGACGGUCGUCGGAGAGACGAACUAUGCAUCCCAGAUGGCAUCGCAGUCAAGCGAGAUGCUGGGAAGCAACUUCACUGCCAUGCUGGAGGUGCUGGGAGGUGCCGAGAACUUCGGUGGCGAGCACUGGGACGACCCAGUUGUGAAGCCAGCGAUCGUGGCGCGCGGGGGCGCUGUUGUUUGGGACCCCAACCCACCCAGGCCCCCGGCGGCGGCCCCGACGGGGACUGCGGUGGAGGGCAACGGCAUUGGCGGCUUCGGCGGUGCCUCGCCGAUGCCGCUGCCACCACCGGAGGAGGCAAAUGCUGUGAUCGCCUGGAUCCAGGCACCAGCGUCGGCGGGGGAGCACAAGGACGAGUUGGCACUGGGCGUGGGCGGCGCCGUGGUGCUUGGCUUGGGCCUCGCAGUGGAUAUCCCCGAGGCAGAGGUCACGCACCUGGGCUACUUUGUCCUCUCGUGCUUGAUUGGAAACUUUACAGUGGCCGGCGUGACUCCGGCGCUGCACACUCCGCUCAUCAGUGUGACGAAUGCCAUCAGCGGCAUCAUUGUGGUGGGCGGCAUGCUGCAACUCAGUGGCCCCGUGCUUUCUGCGCGUGUGGCCUGUGCUCUGGCAGCAGUGUUCCUCUCGAGCGUGAACAUCGUCGGUGGCUUUGCCGUCACGGCUCGGAUGCUGGACAUGUUUCGAGAGGAUGCCAACCCAAAGAAGGCUCUGGCAGAAAGGUCCUGA